CUAAAUUCCGGUAAUUUCCACACACUUGUCCGUACUUGCCUAUAUAAACAUACACACCCUCAUAAACAUAUAUCAAAAUUUUACACUUAUGCUCUUCAUAUCACAUACAACAAACUCAUAUAUAUAAAAACUUUAACCUUCGUAUAGCAACGAUCUAGUAGAAAGCUUAUACUAAAACUUUCUGAUUCUCUUAAUAUGGCGGAGGAGUUUAAAGCUACGGCAUCGAUUUGUGGUGGCGGAGGUGGCGCGUGGUGGAACUCGCCAAGGAGCGUUAUGUCUCCUUCGGAUCAUUUCUUGUCACCAUGCUUCGGAGCGGCUAUCACUUCCAAUGAUUUUAGCUCGCAAGAGAAUCAUCUCAAAUCUAGGAUGACUUGUACGGACAACAACAACAUCGUUUUCGGGCAGCGAGAGGCGGAUUCUGACAGUGGAGGAAGUACCGUGACGAUGGACUCGACGUUGCAGAUGAUGGGUCUAGGGUUUUCCUCAAAUUGUUCUUCAGAUUGGAACCAAACCAUUUUACAAGAAGACUUAAACUCAAGCUUCAUAAGGAGCUCACAAGAUCAAGAUCAUGGCCAAGGAUUCUUAUCCACAACUACUUCACCUUAUAUACUUAAUCCAGCUUGUUCUUCAUCUCCAUCAACUUCUUCGUCCUCAAGCUUGAUACGAACCUUUUACGAUCCCGAACCAAGUCCAUACAACUUUGUCUCCACCACAAGUGGUUCAAUCAACGAUCCUCAACUUUCUUGGGCUAAUAAGACAAAUCCUCAUCAUCAAGUAGCUUAUGGACUAAUUAACAGCUUCUCUAACAACGCAAACUCUCGACCCUUUUGGAAUUCUUCAUCAACCACUAACUUAAACAACACGACGCCGAGCAAUUUUGUAACCACUCCGCAGAUAAUAUCUACUCGUUUGGAGGACAAAACCAAGAAUCUGAAGACAAGAGCUCAGAGUGAGUCUUUGAAGAGAGCAAAGGAUAAUGAAUCUGCGGCGAAGAAACCGAGAGUCACCACGCCUUCACCGUUGCCAACUUUCAAGGUGAGAAAAGAGAAUCUAAGGGACCAGAUAACUUCAUUACAACAACUAGUUUCACCUUUCGGAAAGGUGAAUGAUUUAUGUGUUUACUUUAUUUUAUAUGGCUUAAUAUAUACAACCAAAAGCAUUUAUUUUCCCUUGGUUAUGUAUUGAGCUUCUUAGUUUGUUUAUUUUGUAUAUCUUUGGGUUAAACUUCAGACAGAUACUGCAUCUGUUCUCCAAGAAGCUAUAGAGUACAUCAAGUUCCUUCACGACCAAGUCACUGUUCUAAGCACUCCAUACAUGAAACAAGGUGCCUCGAACCAACAACAACAGCAGAUAUCUGGUAAAUCGAAGAGUCAAGAUGAAAAUGAGAAUCACGAACUAAGAGGACAUGGUCUAUGUCUCGUCCCAAUAUCAAGCACGUUUCCGGUGGCUAACGAAACAACAGCCGAUUUUUGGACACCAACGUUUGGGGGCAACAAUUUCAGGUAGAGAAGGUGAAUUACGUAUAUCAUACGGUUCUUAAUUAGCAUUAAGAUAUUAUUUAAUAAUGCUUAGCAUAAAAAUAAAAGAAAAUAAAAUUCACAAGUCAUGAUCAAAGAUUGAAUCAUUACUUGGAGAAAAAGUAGAGAUGGGAGAAGAAGAAGGUGACUCUUCAAAGGUGGGCAGAGGCAACAAUAGUGUUGGAGGGGACCAACUACGAAAGCAAGAAUGAUUUAGGGCUUAGAAAAUUUGGGAUAAUAAUCUAUCAUAAACUAAUAGAUAGAUAUAUUUUUAAAAACAUUAACUUACAUACUCUCAUGUUAUAUAUGUAAUAAUUAACCUAAAUUUCACUUUUUAAUUAUAUAUAGGUGAUUAAAGAGAGAGGGUUGUGGUUGUCAAGACGGAUGGGAACAUAUGCUAAAUUCAGCUUGGAGACUCUAAAGCAUAACAAUAAUUUUUAAUGUAUUUUCUUCUUCUUUCAAUAUUUUAAGGGGGGUUUAUUGCUGAAUUUAGCAUAUAUGGGUUGUUUUUAUGUUGAAUAACCUUUUGUUCCUGUCAUUGUUCUUGAAUAUAUAUAUAUACAUAUUUUUGUCGUUGGUAACAUCUUUGUUAAUCACUUAUUAAAGUUAGAGAACAUAAUAAUUGGUGGUUUGUCAUAUGAAGUUCUUUGUUGUUU